AUGAAUCUUCCAGAUAGACCAGCGGCGUAUCUGCUUGGUUCGAAUGGCCCUGUCCAUGCAGUCAGCUACUCGGCGUCCCCUGGGUCAUACAUCUUGACAGGCUCAGCAGAUCGCGCAAUACGGCUCUACAAUCCAUUCCCCAGCAAAGCUCAGGCAGAAGCAUAUGCUAAAGGGCCAGUGCCGCAGGGUCGGCUGAUUCAAACCUACGCGGCGCACGGUUAUGAAGUCCUGAGUCUUGACGUGGCGGCAAACAAUGAGAAAUUCGUAUCCGGAGGAGGUGACCGAGCCGUCUUCCUUUGGGAUGUCGCCACUGCCGUCACAACAAGACGAUUUGGAGGCAAUGUCCAUGGCCACACAGCUCGCAUCAACUGUGUGCGGUUUGCGGGGGAAGAGGACUCUUUGGUGGUGAGCGGUGGAUUCGACACGUCCACUCGAAUAUGGGAUGCGAAAAGCGGCAGCGUGAAACCAAUACAGGUCCUGGGCGAGGCUCGAGAUGCCAUAACGUGCUUAGUGGUCCGAGGGCCCGAGAUCGUGACGGGUAGCGUUGACGGACGUGUCAGGAGUUACGACGUACGGAUGGGCAAGUGCACGACAGACGUGAUGUGCGGCAGUGUCACCAGCUUAGACCUGACCAAGGAUGGCAGGACGAUGUUGGUGAGCACCCUAGACAGCAAGGUGCGGUUGAUGGAUCGCGAUAAUGGCACCUGCCUGCGGGCAUAUUCCGAUCCGUCCUGGAAGAACGAGGAAAUCCGGAUACAGUCCGUGCUGGGUCAUCGGGAAAAGUACGUGAUUGCAGGCGAUGAGAUGACUGCCGAGCCUGGCAGCAACGGCGAGGGGCGAAUUUUGGCAUGGGAUCUGCUCACCGGCAAGGUUGUUGCCAAAAUACCUGUGCCAUGGGGACCCGAAGGAUACGAGCAGAAGAGGAGAAGCAUUGGAAAGGAUGGAAGGGAAAGAGUACGCAGCAACAUCAUCAGCUGCAUAGCAUGGAGGGAAGAUGGGUGGGGAGAUCAAUUUUGCGCAGGCGGCACGUCAGGGGUUGUGACAGUGUUCCGCAUCUAG